UCCGCCGCUCUGCUCGUCUGAAAGCACACCCCCGCCCUCCCUCCAUCGCCACCUCAGCCAAGCGCCGAAGCCGCUCCACAGGAGAGAGAGAGAGAUAAAGAGAGGACGUCCACCCGCGUCUUUCAUAGUAACCGAGGCACGUCGUUCCCUGCCAGACUUCUCAGCCAGGGGCACCGGGGUUUUCGGACCGAUCAGUCCCGAAAGGUGCGUCCCCGCUCAUCCGCUCGCCUCCCAGCAGCUCCGCCGCCGCCGCUCCGCGCCAGUCCGAUCCGAUCCGAUCCGAUCGCUUCCCCCUGGAGAAGAGUUCCAUCCCUGGAAGCUGGAUGAAUUAUUGGAGAGUUGUGAACAAGUGCGAGAAGAAAGCCGAGGCUCGGGAUCUGCCUCCUCGCUCCGUCCAGGGAAGCCUCGACUCAGCCAGAGUUGUGGACGAUAAUGGAGGGGACGUCCCUGUAUCUCCCUGUUGUUAUUUUACUGAUGCAAUGUUCCCCCUCCGUUCCCGUCACCGUGUCGACCGACAAACACAGGGUGGAGGUGCACGAGUUCUCAGACGCGGUGCUGUCCUGCACGUUCCGCACGGAGAAAGACCAGAACCCGCGCAUCGAGUGGAAGAAGAAGGGGAAAGAUGUGUCUUUCGUGUACUUUGAUGGACACUUCAGAGGUCCCUUUGAGGACCGCGCGACGAUCGACGGGGCCACCGUCACGCUGAAAGGGGUGACCCAGGAGGACGCCGGGGAGUACCGCUGUGAGAUCAGCGCUCCUCUGGACACCGUGAACCUGGGCGAGACCAACGUCACGCUCAAAGUCCUGGUGCCCCCACACACCCCGUCCUGCGAAAUCCCCAGUGGGGCAGUGACAGGCUCAGUGGUGCAGCUGCGCUGUAGGGACCAGCAGAGCAUCCCGCCCGCUACAUACUCCUGGUUCAAGGACAACCUGCCGUUCUACCAGCCACGCCACGCCAACGCCACUUAUCUGAUCAACUCCCACACAGGACUACUGGAGUUUAAAGCUGUAGCUAAAGAGGACACCGGUCGAUACAGCUGCCUGGCUUCGAACGGAGUGGGACCGCCCAAGAUGUGCGAGGGCAAGCACAUGACGAUAGGUCCAAUGUCAACUACGUCCCUCCGCCCCAAGAACCCCAGGACUUCAAACACACCCAGUCCUUCAUGCUCUGAGCAGCCGGCCUUCCCUCCGAGAACACAUCAGCCUCGUGACAAAGGUGCCAAACAUCAGGAUUCUCUGAUUUCUGUUCUGGACUCUGAAUGAGCUCUUGAUCUUCCAACACAAUCUUCUCCCUCUAUCACCCCUCUCGGGCGGCAAGAAAAGCCGCGCAAGGCUUCUUCUCUUGCUCUCUUGCUCUGCGCUGUGUGGCUUCGCCUCAGUCACUGAUGUUUUCUGCUCUUUUUGGGAUGAAGUGCGUUCUCACGGUGUUCUGCUCCCCCCUGGUGGUCAGAUGUUGAAAAUCCAAUCGCUCUUUUCUGAAUGAUCCGGUGACUAGUGGAGCUUUCUCCAGACUCUGUUUCUUCCCUCUGCAGGCCACUCGUUUUCACUCCCUUUGUUUGUUUUUUUUUACCAAAGACUGACCAUUAAAUUAAAGGGAUUUAGUGACUUUGAAUCAUCACAAGGGAAUUGUGCUUUAAGCCAUAGAGAAAGCAUUAAUACCACUCAAACAUUUACCUCAACACCUGCCAAUGUUCUGUGGCCCCUGGGACCCCCAGUGUUAGAGGAGAUCCGUAUGAUCUUAGUGACAACAUAAAACCAUGGAUGUAUUAUAUAAUACAUCCAUGCAUGAAACCAGACAAAGCCAGUCCAGGAAAACAGGAAGCCACUCCAGCCAAUUCUAUUGAGACCAACCCCAUUCCACCCUAAUGUGCCUGCAUGGUCUUUUUAUAUAUACACACACACACACACACAUAUAUAUAAAUAUAGAUAUAUACCUUGUGCCUUUUUAAUUUGUCAUAUUUAUCUAUGGAUCACACUUUUUUGUAAAGAACUUGCCUUACUUUUCUCUGUCUUUAUAUUGUUGUGCCACUGUUUCUCAAUGUUUAUGGAACUGGAGUGUCUGUGUGUGAAUGGGUUGUUCAGAGUUUUAUUUGAAUGGUGUAUAUGGAAUAAAAUGUUUUUCUAUUCAAAAA